CGCGGCCGGGCCUCGCCGCCUCCUCCUCCUCCUUCUCGUUGUCGUCAUUGCCUCCUCCUCCUUCUCCUCGUCGUCGUCUCCCUGCUCCUCCUUGUCUCGCCCGGCUCCCCCAUCGCCGCCCUGCGAUGAUAAAGCUCUUCUCCCUCAAGCAGCAGAAGAAGGAUGACGAAGCCAGUGGCGCCAAGGCCGGCUCCAAGAAGGCGUCGGCCGCGCAACUGCGCGUUACCAAAGAUAUAAAUGAACUGAAUCUGCCCAAGACGUGUGAAGUCGUCUUUCCAGACCCAGACGAUUUUCUUAACUUUAGACUCGUCAUUUGCCCUGAUGAGGGAUUUUACAAAGGCGGAAAGUUUGUGUUCAGUUUUAAGGUGGGUCAGGGUUACCCACACGACCCACCCAAGGUGAAGUGCGAGACGCAGGUUUAUCAUCCAAACAUCGACCUGGAGGGCAACGUCUGUCUCAACAUCCUGCGUGAGGACUGGAAACCAGUGCUGACGAUAAACUCAAUUAUAUAUGGGCUACAGUACCUAUUCCUGGAACCCAACCCCGAGGACCCGCUGAACAAGGAGGCGGCCGAGGUUCUGCAGAGCAACCGCAAGCUCUUCGAGCAGAACGUCCAUCGCUCCAUGCGGGGGGGGUACAUCGGCUCCACUUACUUUGAGCGGUGUCUCAAGUAGGGGUGGGAUGUGGGGGGGAGCGGGUGGCGGGGGGUGCGCGCUGCCCGCCGCCUGCCUUCACCCCCCAGCAGUCGCGAGGCCUCUCCCAUGGAUGGGCAAAGUGGGGGGAAGGUGGGGGGGUGGGGGGGUGGGAUACCGGGGCAGGUCGCGCGAGCGUGGUGUGACGUUUAUUCCGAGUGAGAUCUCGUCGUUGUGUUUGAGCGCGGAGCGAUUUGCUGCUCGCUUCUACCAGUUUGUCAGACAUCGGAGUCUGUUGGUGAACGGGGCCUCGGUUGGGCUUUGGUAGUCACUAAUAGACACCCCCCCCCCCCGACCUCUGUUGGGCAACCGCGGCCCCGUUGGGCGACCCGGUCUCGACAAGACGGUUUCCCCGACGCGAUGUCGAUGCUGGUUGCUUCCCUAAAGCGAUCGUAGGCCGGGAUGCGAUUGGUGGAAGUCUCCUCCGAGCUCGAUGCCGAUUUGGCCAAUCGGGCGCGUGCUCUUCCCACCCCUCCGUGUCGCCGGUGAAGUCGCUGAUAACAUGUCAGCCGCAUCUCGCCCAUUCGGACGCGGGCAAUCUCGCUCGCAGCUCACCUUGCCAACGCAACGGGCGGCCCGGAGGGAGUUGCGGCCGACACAUUUUGGCGACGCUCGCUCGGAAAAAGAAAAUGGCUUCGCACGUUCGCCGUCUGUUUAAGCGCAGCCGCAUUCAAUAAUUUGGCGUAAAUGAGAUGUAAUAAAAAAAAGAUGAGGCCCGCGAAGCGUUUAACCGACAACAAAGUCUGCCAAGUUUGGGAUUAUUUUUGUCCAUGUUAUUUUAAACGUUAAUGUAUUUCUUUUUUUCUUUCUCUUUAUUGGCUUCGUUUGCAAGGAAGGAUGUUAAAGUGCUUUUUUUGCGAAUUUCCUAUCACCCAAAUUGGAUUUUGCGGACCGGAGAAAUACGUUAAAGUGUGUACUGGGAUGGCGUCACCGUUGUAACCGUUGUCGUCAUCAUUAUCAUCAUCAUCAUCUUCAUCAUCGUCUGAACAUCAAGGUCACAAUAAAGUACAUUUUCAAUUUAUACAA